UACAUCCAGAACCUGCGGAGGAGGCUGGAAUCAAUCCUGGCCCAGCGGGGCCAGCUGGAGUCGGAGCUGCAGAACAUGAGGCAGUACGUGGAGGAGUUCAAAACCAAGUACGAGGAGGAGAUCAACCGUCGCACGGCUGCCGAGAACGAGUUUGUGGUGCUGAAGAAGGACGUGGACUGUGCCUACAUGACCAAAGUUGAGCUGGAAGCCAAGGUGGGAGCUCUGACAGACGAAAUCAACUUCCUGAGGUGCAUCUAUGAGGAGGAGCUGUCUCAGAUGCAGACGAUCAGUCGGGAUCUGUCCGUGGUGGUGUCCAUGGACAACAACCGGCACCUGGACCUGGACAGCAUCAUCGAGGAGGUUCGGCGCCAGUACGAGCAGAUUGCCCAGAGCAGCCGGGCUGAGGCUGAAGCCUGGUACCAGAGCCGGUAUGAGGAGCUCCAGAACACUGCUGGAAAACACGGGGACAGCCUCCGCAACACCAAGAUUGAGAUCCAGGAGCUGACCAGGAACGUCCAGAGGCUGCGGGCUGAGAUUGAGAAUGUGAAGAAGCAGAACCAGCAGCUUCAGGCAGCCAUUGCUGAGGCUGAGGAGAGAGGGGAGAUGGCCGUCAAGGAUGCCAGGAGGAAGCUGGAAGAGCUGGAAUGUGCCCUGAACAAGGACAAGGAGGAGCUGGCUCGCCUGCUGAAGGAGUACCAGGAGCUGCUGAACACCAAAAUUGCCCUGGACGUUGAGAUUGCCAUGUACAGGAAGCUGUUGGAGGGGGAGGAGAACAGGCUGUGCAAUGACAGCAUGUCCAACGUCAAUGUCUCUGUGGUGGGCAGGACGACUGUGUCUGGAGGCAGAGGAGGCAUGGGAGGAGGAUUCGGAGGCAGCGGCAUGGGAGGAGGAUUCGGAGGCGGCAGCUGCGGAAUGGGAGGAGGAUUCGGAGGCGGCAGCGGCAUGGGAGGAGGAAUGGGAGGAGGCGGCAUCUGCGGAGGAGGCAGCAGCUUUGGAGGAGGCAGCAUGGGCGGCAGCUGUGGCAUGGGGGGAGGAAUGUACGGCGGGGGCUUCUCCUCGGGCAGCGGAAGGAUGUGCGGCUCCGGCGGGGGAUCCUCCUCCGUGCGGAGAUGCGUCACCACCACCUCGGUCAAAUCUUCGGGGGUGAGAUAUGCGAAGCUGGAGCGCGGCUCAGUCUCCAUCCACGUUUUCUGCCGAGUUCACAUUUUCCCUGGUGUCGAUGAUUCUGCUGUGCGCAGCUCCUUGCGCAAGAGAUCUGAGGGCAUGGCUGGAGCCCAGCUGCCUGCCGAGUUUUACCUGGAGGAGACUCAGGUGACUCCAGGAGAACCAGCCAUGUCUCGUCAGUCUGUCUGCAGGAGCUUUGGAGUUGGGAGCAAAAGGGGAUUCAGCUCCUGCUCUGCUGUUGGUGGUGGCUUUGGAGGCGGUGGCCGGAGCAGGAUCAGCUACAGCUCGUUCUCCACAUCCAGGGGGAUUGGAGGUGGCAGCGGACGCUGUGGAGGAUUCAGCAGCCGGAGCCUCCACAACCUGGGGGGCAGCACAAGGAUUUCCAUGGGCAGCUCUUACGGCAGUGGCUAUGGAUGUAGAAUUGGUGGCUUUGGUGGAGGAUUUCCAGGAGGAUUUGGUGGCAUUGGAGGAGGUGUCAUUGGUGGAGGAAUGGGCGGCUUUGGUGGCCCCGUCAGAGGUGGCCCUGGGUUCCCUGGAGGCAUCCAACCAGUGCAGGUGGACCCGACCCUCCUGCGACCAGUCCACGUGGACAUUGACCCUCAGAUCCAGCAAGUGAAGUGCCAGGAGAAGGAGCAGAUCAAGACUCUGAACAACCAGUUUGCUUCCUUCAUUGACAAGGUCCGAUUCCUGGAGCAGCAGAACAAGGUGCUCUCCACCAAGUGGGAGCUGCUGCAGCAGCAAGGGCCAUCGGGACCCAGGAAGAACCUGGAUGUGAUCUUUGAGAAUUACAUCCAGAACCUGCGGAGGAGGCUGGAAUCUCUGCUGGGGCAGCGGGGCCAGCUGGAGUCAGAGCUGCAGAACAUGAGGCAGUACGUGGAGGAGUUCAAAACCAAGUACGAGGAGGAGAUCAACCGUCGCACGGCUGCCGAGAACGAGUUUGUGGUGCUGAAGAAGGACGUGGACUGUGCCUACAUGACCAAAGUUGAGCUGGAAGCCAAGGUGGGAGCUCUGACAGACGAAAUCAACUUCCUGAGGUGCAUCUAUGAGGAGGAGCUGUCUCAGAUGCAGACGAUCAGUCGGGAUCUGUCCGUGGUGGUGUCCAUGGACAACAACCGGCACCUGGACCUGGACAGCAUCAUCGAGGAGGUUCGGCGGCACUAUGAGCAGAUCGCUCAGAACAGUCGGGCUGAGGCUGAAGCCUGGUACCAGAGCCGGUAUGAGGAGCUCCAGAGCACGGCCGGCCGGCACGGGGACAGCCUCCGCAACACCAAGAUUGAGAUCCAGGAGCUGUCCAGGAACGUCCAGAGGCUGCGGACAGAGAUUGAGAAUGUCAAGAAGCAGAACCAUCAUCUGCAGUCGGCCAUCGCUGAGGCUGAGGAGAGAGGGGAGAUGGCCACCAAGGAUGCCAGGAGGAAACUGGAAGAGUUGGAAUGUGCCCUGAGCAAGGACAAGGAGGAGCUGGCUCGCCUGCUGAAGGAGUACCAGGAGCUGCUGAACAUCAAGAUUGCUCUGGACGUUGAGAUUGCCAUGUACAGGAAGCUGCUGGAGGGGGAGGAGAACAGGCUCUGCUUAGAGAACCCAUCCAACGUGAAUGUCUCUGUGGUGGGUAGAACUACCGUGUGUGGAGGCAGAUCUGGCAGCUUUGGAGCCAGCAAUGGCCUGGGCGGAGGAGUGUGCACGGUUGGCGGUGGGAGCGUCAUCGGCGGCAGCUGUGGUGUGGGAGGAGGGAUCCUCAGUGGUGGCUUCUCCUCUGGGAGUGGGAGGAUGUGCAGCACUGCAGGUGGCAACUUCAUGGCCGGGGGCGGCUCCUCCUCAGUGCGGAGAUGUGUCACCACCACGACGGUCAAAUCCUCUGGGGUCAAAUACUGA